UUUUUUUUUUUUUUUUUCUCUCUCCAAGAAAACGUAUUCAAACCCCACAAGCAAAUAAAGCAAGAAAUUCUAGAAAUAAGAAGGAAAUUUCUUUCUAUAUACAGUGUUAAGCUCCUUCUUCAAGCCACAGCUGUCUUCCAUUAUUGCAGGGAACAUAAACCCUACAAGCUAAAUCCAAGAUUCAUUCAAAAAGAUUAAACAAUGGAUGAAUCUCCAAAAGAUCCAUACUAUAAUGGAAACCCAUCUACAGGAAGAGUACCAUCUACUUCCUCUUUCUCCUCCACCUCCACCACCAGUGUCCAUGUCACAGCCCUUGACGGUCUUGUCAAUGUCAACUCGCUUUUCACUAUUGCUGUCUUUGUUGGUCUCUCUCUCACCACACCAGGCCAGCGCAGUCUUGAGAACCGCUCUGCCUGUGAUGCAGGCAUCGAUGUUGCUAGAAAGCUUCUUGUUUUUGAGGUUGUGUCGUUCAGUUUCUUCUUGUUCUCUUCUUUAAUCGCUCAAGGUCUGAAAUUGGCAAUCAAUUUAUUAAAUAGCAAAGAUGUGGAUGAGGCGUUUAGAGCUCAUAUUAAUCUAAAGGUGUUGAGAUUUGGAAUGAUGGGUUCUGCAGUUGGGUCUGUGAUGGGUUGCAUUUUCUUGAUGCUUUCAAUGGUGAAUGUGAUUGAAAUACGGUUGGGGAUGUUGUCUUGUGGAAGCAAGAAUGCGGUUCAUGCAGUUACAGCAUUAGUCGUUCUGGUUUCUUCUGCUCUCUUGAUUUAUAUUUCCACUGCUAUUUAUGCUUUUCUCCAUUAAUUAUUUAAUCUUGCUUGUAGGAUUCUCAAAUUUGAACUUAAAAAAUUAUUUGUAAUAUAAGCUCUCUGGAAAUGAGAUUAUUGGGUAAGCUCAUUGUGGUUCCCAUUUUUGGUGGUUUGAUUGCUUAA